UAAUCCUUAAAAAUUAAAAAUAACUUGCUGCGUAAAACGGUGCGUUUGUUGAUUUUUCUUUCGAUCUUUAAUCCUGAAGCAGCGAAUUUGGGGUUUUACAUCUUCGUAGAAGGAUAGAAACACUUCUAAAGAGGAAACAGAGGAGCAAUGGCUUUAGCUUCAUCAUUAAUAAAGACUUCCAUGGCACUUCAGUGCCUACCAGCUUCUCACAGUGAACGCCUCUUCGUGAACCGCCAUAGACCUGCGACCAAUUUGGUUCUGCCGCCUCACCUUCCUCCACGCCAUGUACUCGCCUUCUCUCGCCGUCGAACCAACAAUUCCGCAGUCACGUCUUCCUCUUCUUCUCCAAAGAAAAAGAAGUGUGGGUUUCAAUGUCGGCAGCAAAGUUCGCCGGCUAAUGAGAGAGAGGAGGACGUGGAUGAGGAUGCUUUCGAGGCGCUCUUUGACAUUCUGGAAGAAGACCUUAAAAACGACGGCGCAUCGGUGGAUGACGAUGAGGAUAUUAGUGAAGAGGACCUCGAAAAACUGCAACGCGAAUUAGAGGAGGCAUUUGGUGAUAUUGACGAUGAGGGGAGACUCAAUUCUGCUUCUGGUGAUAUGGGACGAGAAGAUAAUGCCGAAGAAGAUUCUGAAAAGCAUGAAGAGGAAGAGGAACCCUUGAAGCUUAAGAAUUGGCAGCUUCGUAGACUGGCUCGAGCUUUAAGGACAGGCCGCCGCAAAACCAGUAUCAAAAGUCUUGCUGCGGAACUUUGUCUAGAUAGAGCUGUUGUACUUGAAUUGCUUAGAGACCCCCCUCCAAAUCUUGUUAUGAUGAGCGCUGCUUUACCAGAUCAUGAAUCUGCACCAACAAUAUUAGAGCCUGAAACCAAACCAGUUUUAACUGUUCCUGAGGAGGGGGCCAUGGAUACUGUCAAAUCUGAAACAGAGGAAAAAUUGCCGGUUCAUGUUAGGCAACAAAGAUGGUUUGCUCAAAAAAGACUGAAGAAAGUACAAGUUGAAACCCUUGAAAGGGUUUAUAGAAGAACAAAGCGACCCACUAAUGCGAUAAUUAAUAGCAUUGUGCAAGUGGUGAAUCUACCCCGCAAAAAAGUUGUGAAAUGGUUUGAAGAUAAGCGCACAGAUGAAGGGGUUCCCGACCGUCGUCUUCCCUAUCAACGGUCUGUUUCAGAAUCUGUGUUUUCGCAUUGAAGCAAUCUGUAUGUUUUUACUAUUUGUAAUAUUGGCGUACGAAAGUUAUACAUUUAAUGGUUCAUGCUUUUUCAUCAUUUGGUUCUUUUAGUGUAAGAGUUUCUUGGUCUUGUGGAGAACGACAGGUUGAAAAAUAUCAAUUGGCAAUACUAAAGAUUCCAAAAUGAUUUUUCAA